AUGAAACCACAAGAAAGUAUUAAUAAUUAUAAUCAAGAACUUCGAGAUAUGCAAUCCGAACUUGAAACAUUAACAUUACAAGAUGUUCAUGCUGGUGGUUGUUAUAAUCAUGCAACUGGUUAUCGUAUAGCUUAUCUACGAGCUCAAAUGCAUGUAGUUACUUUGAAGAGAAAUGCAGAAAUUAAACAACUUUAUUCAAAAUUUGUCAAUGGUUCAGAAAAAGAUUAG